GCAUGAUGCAACCUUCUCACCUAAGUAUAGCUACAACUCAUUCCCAGAAACACUAAAAUUUCAUUCACAAUUCUCUUCAAGGGCCAACAAAAUCAUUACUAGUAUUUUUUAUUUUUACUUAUCAAUUUUGGGAGGCUUGUGAGAAUGAGCAACAUGACGACGAAACCAGAUUUCGCGCAGAAACUGCUGAAUGAUCUGCGCCAGCGCAAGGAAAGGAUGGCCGCCACUCAGCACUCAAGUCGACAGUCGAGCCAAACAUCUAGAGCCACACGCGGGACAUCAAGGGGCGCUCGACAAAUGAAUGUCCUAGAUUCCGCUAGUUCUACAACGAGAGGCAGCAGAUCAGUGAACACGAAAGAAACUUCGAGCCAGAUCAUUGUCUACGAGGGCAGGCAAAGCUCUAAGCAAGUCAGAGAUCUGUCGAUGGCCAUAGCUUUUGCCUUUGAAAACAGUGGAAAUCUCAGUACCAUUAGCGGCUCCAGCAGCAAUCCACUAGUUAAUUUCUUCAACAGAUUUGGUCGAAGAUCUCCAAACUCGAGAAAAAUGGAGACUACCGGCUUCUACAAUCAUACCUCAGCUGGUUCGUUUCCUAACAUCCAUGUCAAUGAAAUAUCGAAAGGAGUUCACAAGCUAAACCAGAUUCUAAGUGCCUGCUCCAACGGCCUUAACUUGGACAGAAACUCGAUUGAAAUUGGAAGAGAGCUGCUGAAAGGCGCAAUUGAUUUGGAAGAGUCCCUGAGGAUGCUUGUGAGCUUACAGGACGCUUCAGAGUUCACGAACAGUUCACAGAAGAAAGGCCGUAUAAAGUUACUGGGAGAGGAUGGGGAAGAGGAUGAGGAUGAGGAUGAUGACAAUGGGAAAAGAGUCGAGCAGUGGAAGCUGGAUCGGCCUAGAUUCUCCUUUGAUAGAACCUCAGGGAAGUCCCGAGCGGUCCAGGGUGGAACAAGACAGCAACAGCUAGCUCUACCAUAUAGGCAUGAAACGUCCGACCAAUCUAUUAUCACCAACUCGCAGCUGGUUCCUCAUACGAGGUCUAAUAGCUAUGUCGAGGAUUACAGUCUCUUAAGUUUAUCAAAGUCCACACCAGAGAAGGGAAGGAUUUCAAAUGUGAUAGCUAAACUUAUGGGGCUCGAAGAAGUUCCUCUGAAGGAGGGCUCGAUAGGUGGGAAAAAUGUAUCGAAUGAAAGUGGCAAGCAGAAAAAACCCAUGACUAGAGAGACUAGGAACAAUGGAUCUGAUCUUAGCACCAACAAGAUGCUGCCAAGAAGAGAGCCCAAGCAACAGAUCAAACCUGAAAAGAGCCAUGAAACAAAGGAUGGCGCCUCUAAAAUGGUAAACUCGGAGAGGAGCCAGCUGCGUAAAGAUUUGAAAAUGCAAGCAGUGAGCAUGGAGCCAGCAAACAUCAUGAUAAAGAAACAACAAAGCCACACUAAUCAUGUCGAUGGAGUCACGAGCUUCAAAGAAAACACGAGGAAACAAACUCAUGGAGAGGACAAAAGGGCACAGAAAAGCACAAUGCUGAAAGCAGAAGGCAAAACAAGCAAUAGGAUUGAGCAAGUGAUAAGUGCAAAUUCAGUAGAAAAGAGGAAUGCAAAUAAUUAUGUUCCGAAAAUUCAAGAACAGAUCGCUAAAAGGCCUGAUCCCUCUCAAGACAAGAACUCUGUCGACUACAAACCACAGCAACUUCAGAAACAUAAUUUGGUGGCAAAAAUCCAUGAGGUCCAACAAGUGGAGCACAUACACGCCUCAAAAUCCAAGAGAAGUGCAGCCACGAAUCAGCAGAAGAAAUUACCACGCGAAAAAUCCACUCCUGGUGAUGGGAGAUCAACCAAAGUUCCCGUGAGAGACUCUGUUCACAGACGACAUCAAGAUGCUGACCUCACAAUUGAUAACUCACAGAAUACCGCAAUCAAUCAAGAAAGCCCCCGGACACAAAGGCAAAGUCAGGAUUCAUCUAAAACUGAAAGCGGUAUAGAAGAGGGGAGCAGUCGACUGCUUGCAGAAGAGAAGCCACUCGAGGCCUCAUCCACACAGAAGAGAACUGUUACCAAGAAAGUUCAGAGAAGAGAGAUUCCUGAAAAGAUAGAAGUACUUGCGACUAGAAGAAAUUCUAUUGGUACUGCAAAAAGACCAGACAAAAUAUUGAGAGGUCUGAAACAGCAGAUGCAAAAUAAAAGCCGCGCAUCCAAAAAGACAGAGGAACCAAGUGAUCUCAAGGUCAAAGAAGAAAAAGAAGUCAUCACUGCUUCAGAAAUGGUCGCUGAACCAGUGAAGCCAGAUGUAAAGAUAGAAACUGAAGAUGAUCAGGCGACCGUAUUAAACAGCACUGUAGCAAAUGAAUCCCAAAUUGACAAGAGACAGAACAAACUCAACCUCAACAACAUUGUACUGGAUGAUCUCGAGGAGGAGGAACAGCCUCGUACACUUAAGGUUGAAGAAGAACAAAAUGAAGGUGUUCAAAGCUUAGACACCCGUGAAGAGAGCACUGAACGAGAUCUUCUUCAACAUGAGUGCGUACAAUCGAAUAGACAAGAGCAACUGACAGAACCGGAAAAACAACUCAAGGAGACAGUGAUAAAAAGCCAGAUGUUUCUUAGCACAGCCGAGGCUCUCUUCAAGCUCAACAUACCUCUCAGCUUCCUUCACGCGGGUGAUCAUGAAAACGAAGUGUCAGGCAAGAAGCUCGUGCUGGACUCUGCGAAUGAAGUGAUGAGGAGAAAAGCAAGGCGGUAUGAAUUCAUGAAUAAUCCAUACAUGAAGACUGGAGUAAGUAACGUAAAGAUAAGGUCAUUGGAUGAUUUGGUGAGGCAACUCUGCAAGAACUUGGAAUUGCUGAAGAGCUAUGGCAUGAAUGGGAGUGAUGAGAGUGAUGUAGCAGCUGGACUGCAUAGAAUGCUCAACAAAGACAUUUACAAUGAGGAUCCUGAUGUGAACUGCAUGUGGGAUUUUGAAUGGAGCAGAAUGAUGUCCAUAUUUCCUGAAAUGGAAACUGUGGUGAAAGAUGUGGAAAGACAGAUGCUGAAUGGAUUGCUUGAUGAGAUUACCAGUGACCUUUUGUUAGGUAUAUAACUGUUUUGGUUUGAUUUUUUGAGGUUUUAUAGCUAUAUCUAUUGUGAUUCAUGAUUUUAAAAAAAGGGACAGGGUUUUGAAAGUAAAUAGUUAGUUAUUGCAUCA